GCCGCAACCGCUGUGUUGGAUGUACAGUACACUGUAGUUUGAUGAUUUUCGUGCAGUGUGAUGUCAGUUUGCACUGUUUUGUGGAAGGAAAGCGAGUAGCUUACGCCGACCAAAUCAUUUUAGCCGAUCUGAGAGAGGCACAGUGGGUAAUGAGGCUGAAAUGGUCGCACGGUGUGUGCAAACAUCUGGCGUGACAGCGGACCCGCACGAGAUUCUGAUGAAAAGCACCGAUGUAUUCUUAAACCCAUUGGUCGUGGAACCAAAGUACUCGUGCACUGUCGAAUUGUCGGAAAAGUACAAGCACGUUUCUGCUGCUUUGAUUCACUGUGAAGGCGCAGAUAAAUAAUCCGGCGUUUCGAGCGUGCGAGACAGCGGCAGGGGAAGUUGGAUACGUCACGCUGGCCUCGCCAGGAUUGCCGAAAACUUACAGCCUGCUCAGUUUGGCACGUUUAACAUGGCCCGCAGCAGCGCACCGACCUAAAAUCAAGCUUUGCACUUUAUCGCGAGCAUGCACUACGAAUCUGUGACGAACCUUUCGCGCUACUUUUGCGUUCCUGUUAUCUAUUUUACAUUCAAGAUUUGCGCAACCUGACUGUUGUUUCACUUAGCUGUAGUUAUUGCAGUAGUUGGCCCAUUGUUUCUCUCGCAGAGAACAAAACGAUAAAUAAGAAACCGAAAGAUCUGCUUACAAUAAAAACACAUUUGCACACCAUGUAUGUACAUGUAUGGCUUGUGCUGCGUGGCCUGACCAUGACUGAUUACUCCCCGCUGUCUACGAACAUGUAUGUCGCUUAUGGCUGCUGUGUAAACUAAUGAAAUAAAACAAAUGUUUCUGUGUAAAUAAUGUUAACUAAGCUACUUCAUUAUGAAUCUAAUUAAUUUUUCAUGUUAUUCUAUAAUUUACGUAUCCUGCACUUUAAGUGGACAAAACUGUGUUCGCCUCUGAACUGCCAAUUUUCUUCAGACAUUGAUAAGAGAUACAAUUGCUUUCAUAAUUAUGCAUUUUCAAAUGAGCGCCUACUAAUUUGCACUAGUUACACGGGUAGCGUGUCCAGGUCGCAAGGAAGGUGUACAUAACAUGCAAAAUUUGCUGACGGUAGAUGUCUAGUCUAACUGGUGCCAAUAACCUACAACAGAUGUUUAUUUGUAUGCAUGACAGUCAAAUCACAAAUGCUCUUGUUCUUUACAUUUCAUUUGCUAUUAUUUCAGAGUGUGUUUGUAUCAAGACUUGUGGAAGCGAGGCGGCAUAGGUGGCUACGACAGGCAAGGCGAAAGGCCACAAACAACGAAUCAGUUGAGGCUUCAUUUAAUGUGGUCAUUGUGCAAGAUGUUGAUCCUGAAUCUGCAUUAAAAGAGCUGGCAUCCAUAGAAAACGUCCUUGGUCCGAGCGGUCCUUUUGACACUGAAAGGGUUGCAGUUCUUCUCCACAGCACAAUGAGUCAGCGUAAAAUUGACCCUCCGCUUAGUCUACCAUGCUACUUCCUCAACGAGGAUAUUCUUACUGUGGAGGCUCAGCUGAGAUUCAAGAGGACAAUUGAUGAAGUCAUGGAUAUCCUCUGCAAAGUCAGGGAAAUUAUAAGUGAAAUGUGUAACCACCAGAUGGAUUAUAGAGACAUUGAUAACUACCUGCGUGGCAAUCACGCCAAAUCUUCACUCAUAACUUCACAUUUUGCAGAUGUCCAUGAGUCACCAGGACCAACGAUUGUUUGGAGCACAUCGACAAAGGCCAUUUUUUGUGCUGAAGAUGAAUUGGUCUCCUUGAAGGAUGAUUGCAUGCUCGAGAAGGCCCUUUUACUUUGCUUGACAGUGUACUACGUAAAAGAUAUCACUUACCCAUCUGCCUUUGCCCAAACUUUGGGACUUGUACAAAGUGUCUUGUGCAAAGAAGAAAGCUUUCCUCGUUGCUGGGCUAAUAGUAAGCUGCUAAAGAUCCUCGACAAACUGAACAGCAUUCUCUAAGUUCUUCAUGCAGCUUUCUUUCAUGUCUUUACUUUUAAUAUGCAAAUUUUCUCAUUGCUGGGCUAGCAUAAGCUUCUCAGAAUUUUCUGGUUCUGUUCAUGUUCAUGCAAAUUUUUUUCAAUGUUCUUUCACUAUAGAAUACUUGAGAAGGUACACAAGCAAUGUAAUCUGUGAUAUAUCAAUGCAACAUUUCCUUUUAUUUAUAGCUCAUUGUAAACUUUUUCAAUGACAUAGAAUUCCAAUAAUGCACAAUACAUUGUUUCAUUUCUCACGCAGUGCUUACGAACAAUUUUAUUAUUAGGGCAAUAUUAUCUAGCACUUUUUUUAUGCUCAGUUGACACGCUUUUGUGAAAACAUUGUGCAAUCUUAUUAGCCACUUCAGCAAGAAAAGGGGCUUUCUCAAACUCUAAGCCUACUGAAACUGUCCUGUUGAGGUAGAUAUACUAAAACACCGAGUCCUGUUAUUUCCUUCUUAUUAUUUUUUUCUCCCCUCAUCCCAUCAUGCUACGUCAAUAUACCUCACUGAAACAUAGGGUAACUGAUUAUCAAUUUAAAGGAGUCACCUAUUAGUGAUAAAAUAUAGUAGGCGAGCCAUGUAGUCUGUGAUAUCAAACUAACAAUUUAUUUCACUGUGUAUUCUUGUCUUGUAAAUAAGCACCAAAACAGACAAAGGUACAAAAAACAUUGCGAGCUCUUCGUUCUUGUCUUUCUUUAGCGCAAAAUUUUUCACAUCAAUGAAAACCAACUUGCUCACUUUACUCUCGUUAUUAUUCUAGUCAGUGCCAUGUUGUUAUAUUUGUCACGCUGCGCUUAAGGAACGUGUUACGAUUAAAGUUGACAUAUAGCUAGCUCCUGUCCUUUAUGCUUAGCUGAUGCAUCUUCAUGCAAAUUUGUCGCACACUCCACAAAAAAAAGUGGUCUCCUCAAUGUGUACGCCUACUGAAGCACAUGCUAGUUCAUUAUUGAUUCAUUCUAGUCACCUGAGAAGGCUUCAAAUUCCUAAGGCAUAGCAAAGCAGCAAUCUGUUUUCAGUUUUUGUAUUACUUGCUUAAUUGUUUUUGUUUUUUAACUUUGUUAUAGGACUCACCUACGCAUUCAUAAAUUUUUUAAAGGUGUGAACGCUGGGUGUUUUCAUGCUUGAUUGAAAAUAAACUACUUUUAAUUCGAAAGGUGCUGUGUGUGUAUUUUUAAAGGUGUGUACAAUGGGUGUUUUCAUGUAUGAAUGAAAAUAAACUACAUUUAAUGUU